GCUCGUGAAAUGUCAUUACUUUUGCUUUCUCUCUUCAUAUAUUUUCCAAAGCUCCAAGUCAAUAGGCUGUUCAGCUAGUGGGGAGGCGGCGACGAUUGAUUUCCAUGGCUGACUCAAACAUGGAAGAGAGCUUGUUAUUGCCAAAAUAUAGAGAAGAUGAACAACAAAGGAAUAAAAGCAGUAGCGAUUCAAGUGCUUCUACUCUAAUGACAUGGGGUUCUUUCUUUGAAGAAGUGAAGAGGCUGGGUUGCAUAGCAGGGCCUAUGGUUGCUGUGAUUCUAUCUCAGUACUUGUUGCAGGUCAUUUCAAUGAUGAUGGUUGGUCACCUGAGCGAGCUUGCUCUCUCUAGCACCGCCAUAGCCAUCUCCCUUUCUGGGGUCACCGGCUUUAGCCUUUUUUUAGGAAUGGCUAGUGCCCUGGAAACUUUAUGUGGGCAAGCAUAUGGAGCAAAGCAAUAUCAGAAACUUGGACUUCAAACUUACACUGCUAUAUUUUCUCUCAACUUAGUUUGCCUACCUUUAUCUUUGAUAUGGAUAUAUAUGGAGAAGAUACUGAUUUUCAUAGGUCAAGACCCUGUAAUUUCUCAUGAAGCUGGCAAAUUCACAACCUGGCUUCUUCCUGCUCUGUUUGCUUAUGCCACUCUUCAACCACUCAUUAGGUACUUUCAGACACAAAGCUUGAUAAUUCCCAUGCUUAUAAGCUCUUUCGCCAUCCUAUUGUUCCACAUUCCUCUCUGUUGGAUUCUAGUAUUCAAGUCCGGAUUGGAUAACCUUGGAGGAGCAUUAGCAAUCAGUAUUUCCUAUUGGUUAAAUGUGAUUUUGCUGGGGUUAUACAUGAAGUUUUCCUCUGCCUGUUCAAAAACCCGAGCUCCAAUUUCUAAGGAGAUAUUCCAAGGAAUUGGAGAGUUCUUUCGCUUUGCUGUCCCUUCUGCAAUAAUGAUAUGCCUUGAGUGGUGGUCAUUUGAGCUGCUCAUCUUACUGUCUGGCCUUUUACCAAAUCCGGCUCUUGAAACUUCAGUUCUGUCUGUAUGUCUUCAGACGAUUUCAACACUAUAUGCAAUACCAUAUGGGUUUGGUGCUGCAGCAAGUACUAGAGUGUCAAAUGAACUAGGAGCUGGUAAUCCACAAGGUGCCCGUGUAGCUACUUGUGCUGCGAUGUUUCUUGCAGUUACUGAGACGAGUAUAAUAACCACAACUCUCUUUGCCUGUCGGAAUGUAUUUGGUUACACCUUUAGCAAUGAGAAAGAAGUCAUCGAUUACGUCACAACCAUGGCUCCUCUAGUUUGCUUGUCUGUUAUACUAGACAGCUUGCAAGGGGUCCUUUCAGGUAUUGCUAGAGGAACUGGGUGGCAGCAUAUAGGGGCUUACAUAAACCUUGGAGCAUUUUAUCUUUGUGGAAUUCCAGUUGCUGCCACAAUGGCUUUCUGGGUACAGUUAAGAGGAAGGGGCCUUUGGAUUGGAAUACAAGUUGGUUCUUUUGUGCAAACCAUACUGCUAUCUUUUGUAACAAGUUGUACAAAUUGGGAAAAGCAGGCAAGUAAGGCAAGGGAGAGGAUAUUUGAGGGAAGGCCUCCAGAACUUAAUGGAUUGUGCGACAAGGCAGAAAGUAAUGAGUUUUGAUUAGCAUAGUUCUUUCUGUCGUGGUAUUAACAAGAAACUUACUUAAAGUAAUGAGAGUAUUAGCUUAAGCCAUUUAGUCAUGACUACGUGCAAGAGAGAGAGAGACAAGACGUCCUUGACUGCAACACAGUGCCCAGAUAGCUUGCAGUCGCUGCACAAUAUGUGAAGUAGAAUGUAGGUGGCAAGUCUAGGCUACUGAAAUAUUUGGCAAGAAAGAGCCAUCUCCUUUGAAGCACAGAAAGUUCUCAAUCAUCAAAUUUUAUCAUGAUAAAAUGUGGAAAGUUGACAGAAACUCUGUUGAGUUAGAUUUUUCUGCAAUUUAUCCUUAAUAAAUGAUAUAAUUCACAUAAGCAAUGCAAGCCAAAAUUCACAUUUGGUUUA